CAGUGCGGCAGGACCAUGAAGAUGCGCACGGGCUCCCCGCCGGUGCACGUGCACGUGGACGAAGACACGCCGGUGCACGUGCACCUCAAGAAGACGCGCAAGCCCCGCGUGGGAGCCGGCUCCGCGGAGGGACGAACCGUGGGGGGCGAGCGGGCGAGCGCACGGUCGACGCCGCGAGGACGGAGCCGCGGGCCGUGGAUCCCACCCGGAAAAACCUCUGUGCGGGACAAGACUUACGCCUGGGAGGGCCCCACGCACCGUCUGGAGAUCUCUCCCCUGCGGGGCGCCGACGCGGGCGGCAUGCGGCCCGGCCUGCACGUGAGCGACCUCACCACCACGGACGUUGCGGACGCUGCCCAGAGGGAGGAGGAGGAGGAGGGGGAGGAGGGGGAUGGGGAGGCCGCGACGGCGUUUGAGAAGACGGUGGACGGACUGCUGGCGCAGGUCAGCUCCCUGCAGGCCCAGGUGGACCAGGAGCGGCGGGACCGCGCUCGAGAGCGGGCGGUGAGCGAGGGGGCCGCGUGGCGCCAGCGCCGCCGCGCCGGGGGGGCGGCCAUGCCCUCCUCCCCGGGGGACGUCGACCUCUCGCCCCACCAGAGCGAGGGGCUGAGACGACGCAGCCUCGAGAUGCACGCCGGGCCCGACGGGGACUCGGCACGGCUGCCUGCAGGCGGCGCCGAUGGCCGCGACCGCCUGCUGGGCCAGCUGCUGGAGGCCGAGGCCGUGGGGGCGUCGGCGGCCAAGCAGGUGGCGGCCCUCCGGGACUUUGUGUCGCGCAUGAGACACGAGAAGGCUUUGAGCUGCUCGGACGUCAGCCGCAUCACGCGCCACAAGGAGCUGCUCAUGGAGAAGCUGGAGGAGUUUGAGGUCGCCAACAGAGCGCUGCGCAGGCUGCUUCGCAACGAGCACGCCAGCGGGCUGGACGUGACGCAGGUGAUGGAGCAGCGCGACGUUCUGCUGCGGAAACUCACCCUGGCCGAGGGCGACAACGCGCGCCUCGCCACGCGGCUGCAGGAGCUGGAGAAGGAGCUGAGCCAAGCAGCUGUACAGCUGCAGUUGGAGAAGGACUCGGCUCGCUCGGCCACCGACGCAUCUAAGGGCCUGGAGGUGACGCGCGCUCACCUCCAGGGACAGCUGCGCAGCAAGGAGGCCGACAACAACCGGGCCGCCACACACAUACGGGGGCUGGAGCGAGCGCUGGAGCAGCAGCGGCUGGAGGCGGAGGCGCUGGCCGAGGAGGUGGCUCGGGCUCGCGAGCGAGGGGAGACUGACAAGGAGGCGCUGAAGAAGGCGACGCGGGCGCUGAAGACACGGGCGCAGCGCGGGGAGGACGCAGCGCAGCAGCUGCACGCGGAGCUCCUGGACAAGGAGGCGCAGCUGGCGGACACGCUGGCGUCUGCCGAGGCGUGGCGGUCGCGCAACGGGAAGCUCUCCAAGGAGAAGUCGCAGCUGGAGAUGGAGGUGGCGACGCUCGGCGAACGAGUGCUGGACGCGGAGCGGCAGGCCCGGGCGGCCGAGGAGCGAGCGCGGGCCGAGCGGGAGGCGAGCGCCGAGCGGCUCCACCGAGCCAACGGCGACGUGGCCGGCGCACGGCUCCACGGGGAGCGCCUCAAGGCGAGCCUCUCGGCUGUGGAGGAGAAACUCCACUUUGCCGAAUCGGAGGUGCAGCAGCUGACGGCCACCAUGAAGCAGUAUGAGGGCCUGGUGGACGGAUAUAAGACCCAGGUGACGAAGACUCGCGUGGAGGCCGACGAGUUCAAGGUGAAGCUGGACUUGGCGGAGAAGGAGAACCGGAGGCUUCGCGACGAGAGCGGCCGGGAGGCCGAGCAGAUGCGGCGCUCGGUGGAGUCGCGUCUCUCCCAGUUGGAGCCGCUGCCCGAGAUGCUGAAGGCCGCUGAGCUGCGUCUGCGCGACAGCGAGGCCACGCUGGCCACCGCGCACAGGAGGGAGGCCGAGCAGGCGUCCAGCCUGGCCGAGGCUCGCCUCAAGGCGGAGCAGCAGGCGCUGCAGCUGGAGUCUGUGCGGGAGAGCGCGGCAUCGCUGCAGGAGGUGAAUCACGAACUGCAGCUCAAGACCGACGCCUUGCAGAGACGUGUGGAGGGCGCGGAGCAGCAGAGCCGCGAGCUGGCGCAGGCCGUGGCCCAGCGGGAGGAGGCGCUGGCGCUGGAGCGGCUGCGCGGAGAGGAGAGGGCACGCGACGUGGCGGCGCUGUCUCGCCAGCUGGAGCUCGCGCUCGACGACGCUCGCAGACAGGUGGAGCAGGCUCGUGAGCGAGCGCAGGGCAAGGAGCGCGCCGCCCAGGCCAAGGCUCUGGAACUGGAGGCUCAGCUGAGCCGCACUCGCGCAGAGGCCGCACAGCUGCGUCGCGCCAAGGACGACGCGGAGCGUCGGCACGCGAGCCGCCUGCAGGACCUGCGCGACCGCCUGGAGCAGUCCGAGACGACGAACCGCAGCAUGCAGAGCUACGUGCACUUCCUCAAGACCUCCUACGCAACGUGUUCGGCGACGCGGCUCCGCUCGCCAGCUCGCCCGUGCGGGCGCGCUCCGCCCGUGUGACGGUGCCGCCGGUCCCCCCCCCCGACCCGUGGCGACUUCGCAUCCGGAAUGCUCAGUCGUUGAAAAAGUUUUUUUUUUUACACGUAUAUUUCG